GAGGUGAUCGCCUGUAUCAUCAUUUUCUCUCUUCCGCUCUCAUAUAGUCCGUUUAACCAAUUAUUCAUGGCAUAUCAUGCCUUGACCGAAGGUCCAUCGUAACGCAGCCUGGAACUGCUUGGAAGACGAUUGAGGGCCUCCAAAAGCAACAGAAUCCAUGAUCAAAAUUUCGACCGACCUCUUCCGUCACUUGAAAUCUUGGUACGCUCGCGCGGCGACUCAAUAUCUUCAUAUUCCCCAACCCCACACAGCUAUCAGCCAUGCCUAUAGACAGUACCCACCAUGUAGCCACCCAACUCUGGACGAAAAGCGAAAGCCAUCACGCACCCAACUCGAGGAGCGCAGUACCGAAACUCUUCGACCCAACGAUUUCACGCGGAAUUCGCUCCAAUUUUCCAUGACUUUUGGCCACCGCCAGAUCUGCCACUUACAAUCACCAUCUUGCCAACCACACAUGAUCUCGGCCCGUGAUGCAAGUGACCACAUCGAAGACGCCAUAGGUCUUGAGUCUCUUUGCAACUCAAUUCUGCCUUGUCACUGGGUUUAUCGUGCUAUUGCUUCGCUGACUUGGACAUAUCGUGGCCCACAGACGGUUGCGCUUUUGGAUCCGUCUCUUUUUGCAUUCCAAGGUUUUCUCUCACCCACGAGUGUCUGAACUGCGGUACUAUAGCAAUGAAAGCCUACUCUGUUAGUACGGUAGCAAAACUCCACAGUCUCGC